AUGUCUACUAAAGAUGUCCUGUUAAACUCUUUACGAUCAUCAGACAGGUUGGGCAAAGAAAAUACUUCUCUUGUUGGGAAAGCUUUUAAAUGUGACGAUUGUUCUUAUACCUGUAAUGAGAACAGUGAUCUUGUGAAACAUUUUAAAUGCAUUCACACGGGAGAGAAACCCUACAAGUGUAACCAAUGUUCAUAUUCUUGCUCUGAUAAAUCAAGUCUUAUUAUACACAAUCGUACUCACACGAGAGAGAAACCUUACAAGUGUAAGGAAUGUUCAUAUUAUAGUGCUCAGAAAGGUGAUCUCAAGAAACAUAUGAGGACUCACACAGGAGAGAAACCCUACAAGUGCAACGAAUGUUCGUAUUCUAGUGCUCAGAAAUGUUCGCUCACAGCGCAUAUAAGGACUCACACCGGAGAGAAACCCUACAAGUGUAAGGAAUGUUCAUAUUGUAGUGCUCAGAAAGGUGAUCUCAAGAGACAUAUGAGGACUCACACGGGAGAGAAACCCUACAAGUGUAAUGAAUGUUCAUAUACUUCCUCUGUUAAAUCAAAUCUUAUUACACACCAACGUACUCACAUGGGAGAGAAACCCUACAAGUGUAACCAAUGUUCGUUUUGUAGUGCUCGGAAAGGUGAUCUCACAUUACAUAUUAGGACACACACGGGAGAGAAACCCUACAAGUGUAAUGAAUGUUCAUAUACUUGCUCUGUUCAAUCUAAUCUUAUUAUACACCAACGUACUCACACGGGAGAGAAACCCUACAAGUGUAAGGAAUGUUCAUAUUCGUGUGCUCAGAAAGGUCAUCUCUCAUUACAUAUAAGGACUCACACUGGAGAGAAACCCUACAAGUGUAAGGAAUGUUCAUAUACUUGCUCUGUUAAAUCAAGUCUUGUCAGACAUCAACGUACUCAUACGGGAGAGAAACUCUAAAAUUGCCAGGAAUGUUCUUAUAUAACAACUUUUAUACUUGUUCUGAUCAGUCACACUUUAUUAGAUACCAGCGUAUUCACGGGUAAAGAAUGUCAGUUUACUUCCACUUUUAUAUUAUUAGUUGAACAACAACGAGGUAUGAUCUAUGGUUGCAUUUAAAGUUUAGAAAUAAUCUCCACCAAUGUUUAGAGCUAUGUUUGAAAUGAAUUUUUCUGAUUUUUAAAUGAAAGAAUUUUGCAGUUUGUUGCACAAAUAAGUAAGGAAUUAAUCAUAAUCUUUGAUAUAUUAUUAGAUAUAUCUAAACAUUAAUUGAAUCCCACUGAUUUUGUCUUGUCUCAAUAGUAGAAAUUAGUAAAUGUAUCGUUUUUCCACAAUCUAUAUUAUUUGUUAUUUUUAUAAUAUGACUAUGAUAUGACAUUUAUUAACUGCAUUAUAGCUGCAUGGUACUGAUAGAAUAUAGAUAUCUGAGGGGGUCUAAUUAUUAUAAUUUAAAAUAAUAAAUUCCAUUUAUUUAUACCCACUGGUAAUUAAAGAUUUGGUUAUUUGAAUUUGAAAAGUUUGUGUAUUUUAAUUCAUUAAUCAGUUACUAAUG